GAAGCAAAGCAAUUGAUUCCCUUGCAUGAGCGCGUGGCUGUGCUGGCGUUCGUCAUCUCGUAAAUCCUCCUCUGCCUGCUGCUGAGCAGACCCCUUCUGCCUGACAGAGUGCUGGGCUGCACCGAGCCCUCUGGAGUGAAUUUGGUGGCUGCUCGAGAUAAGAUCCCGCUCUAGGCACCUCCCUGAGGUAUAAGGACAGCAAAGCUUCAGCCUCCGAAAAGCCUAGCUGCGAAGCAUGCGGUGCCUGAACCGUUUUCAGGAUGAAGCUGUUCGCUAAAGCAGUGCCUGGUGCUGAUGGCUGGGUCGCCAACUGUGCGGCGCUGGCACGGUGCGUGCCGUGGGAAGCUGUUUGCCGAGGCAGCAGCAUCUGAGCGGCGGUUUGUACAUGUGCACAUGUGUGUGUGCGUGUCUCCUUGCUGCUGUGACGUGAGCUUUGUGAGAGACGUUUAAUGUGUGGAGGUGGUGUGAGCUAUUUUUCAUUCUGGUUGUGAGCAGGCACUAGACUUCACCUGGCUUGCUUGUAUCUUGCACCACGCCUGCUCCUCAUGCUGUCUCUGUUUCAGUGCCUCAUCUUAAUCUGGAGCUUUGUGCUUUCAACUUCUGCAAUCAGGCGCUAUGCAUCCAGAUCCCGGACAUUUACAGGCACCACUCUUUGUUGCCGUCACAGUUCUCAUCUCUGCCACGAGUUCAGGUUUACUUCCCCAUUUUACUUCUGAGCCCCUGUCUACUGUACAGAAGUCUGGUGCACCCAUACAACUACACUGCUCUGCUGAGCCCUCCACAGCUUGCAUUUCUUGGCUGUUUAAUGGAGAGCCUUUGGACAGCAGGGUGGGAGAAGUGGAAAUCCAGUCGGGAUCUUUGACAAUCGUCUCUCUAAGCCUGUCAACGUCUGGUCACUAUCAGUGCAUUGCCAACAGCAGCGUGGGCGCUGUUGUGAGUAGGGCUGCAGUGAUAUCAAUAGGCAGUCUAGCUAAUUUUGAUACUUCAGUGAAGCCUGUCAUUGUAGCGGAGGAAGGCGGUACAGCUUUCAUUGGCUGCAAGGUGCCAGAAAGUAACCCUAAAGCACAAGUUCGCUUUCGAGUGCGGGGAAAAUGGCUGGAACAAUCAACAGAUAACUACCUAAUUCUUCCAUCUGGAAACCUGCAGAUUUUGAAUGUAUCUUUAGAAGACAAGGGAUCCUACAAAUGUGCUGCGUACAACCCAGUCACUCAUGAUCUCAAAGUAGAACCUGCUGGACAUAAGCUUAUAGUCACACGCUCUUCCUCAGAAGGCUUACACAUACUUCAUCCCCUGGUCUCCCAGACCCUGGCAGUGCCCCAGCACAGCCCUUUGACACUAGAAUGUGUUGUCAGUGGACUGCCUCCAGCCUCCGUCCACUGGGUGAAAGAUGGCCAGGAUGCACUGAGCAGAGGCAGGUGGAAACUGCUGCACUCCCAUCUCGUAUCAGACAGGCUUGAGGCAUCGGACUCUGGAAAUUACUCCUGUGUAGUGGGAAAUGAAUUUGGAGUAGUGAAAUAUAUUAACUAUUCACUUACUAUACUCGAGCCAGUCUCAAUUUCCAAGGGACUGCAAGAUGAAACUGUGGCUGCUGGAGCAACUGUGCAUUUCUGGUGUGAUGUCCAUGGAAGCCCUGCUCCGACCCUCACCUGGCUGCACAAUGCGGCUCCCCUCGAUCGUUCUCCACGGCACCUGCUGUUGGGAAACGGCCUGCAGAUCCAUGGUGUCAUUGCGGAGGAUUCUGGCUUGUACCAGUGUGUAGCAAACAAUGGGAUUGGAUUUGUGCAGUCCACUGGGAGACUUCAUGUACAGCCAGGCAGCGGCUCAAGGCCAGUUAUAGUCUCUCCACCAGCAAGCGUCAGUGUGACAGAAGGUGGGGACGUUACACUGUCAUGCAACGCCACUGGUCUACCCAUUCCCGUCAUCCGUUGGUAUGGCAGCAGAGGCCUCAUUACCAGCCACCCCUCCCAGGUGCUUCAUCCAAACCCGCAGGAACCUUCUCAAGCAAUGCCGGGCAGCACCAUUGCAGAGCCCACCGCCUAUUUCACCGCAUCUCAAGCAGGGUCGAGCUCCUUGCACAUCCGGAACGUGACUCCAGGCCAUGUGGGGGAGUAUGCCUGCGAAGCCAUCAACGAGCAUGGCUCUGCCAUGUCGGAAGCCUUCCUCACAGUUGUUCCCUUAGAAACUGGCACGAAAGCAGAAGAAAUGGCUCCUGUGGAGACUGUCGAAAGCGAUGGUGACUUUGGUGUGGAAACAGCGUUUUCAAGCCUGCCUCCAACAAAGCUGCAUUUCGAUGCAGUUGCGACAGAAAAGCCCUUGAAUAGCAUCUCCGCCCCAGAAGCCCCCAUCAUCCUCAGUCCCCCGCAGACGCUCAAGCCGGACACAUACACCCUGGUGUGGCGUUCGGGACGGGAUGGCGGCUUGCCCAUCAAUGCCUAUUUUGUUAAAUACCGCAAGCUGGAUGACAGCAUCAGUGCAGCGGGGAGCUGGCACACGGUGCGUGUCCCUGGCAGCGAGAACGAGCUCCGGCUCACCGAGCUGGAGCCUUCAAGCCUGUAUGAAGUUUUAAUGGUGGCGAGGAGCGCUGCUGGCGAAGGCCAGCCUGCUAUGCUGACAUUUCGCACCAGCAAAGAAAGAACGUCAUCCUCGAAAAACACUCAGGCUCCAUCUCCACCAGUAGGCAUUCCUAAACAUCCCGUCAUUCAUGAAGGGACAAAUAAUUUUGGUGUCGUCCUUCCAGAUCUGUCUCGACAUAGCGGAGUUCCAGAAGCUCCUGAUCGACCCACAAUCUCCACAGCAUCAGAAUCAUCUGUCUAUGUCACAUGGAUACCGCGAGCAAACGGUGGCUCCCCCAUUACUGCCUUUAAAGUAGAGUAUAAACGCUUGGGACGAAACAGUGACUGGCUAAUUGCAGCUGAUAACAUUUCUCCUUCCAAGCUGUCUGUGGAAGUUCGUAACUUGGAGCCAGGAGAAAUGUAUAAGUUCCGUGUGAUUGCUGUGAACAACUAUGGGGAGAGCCCACGAAGUGCAGCGUCUCGCCCUUACCAAGUAGCUGGUUUCACCAACCGGUUUUCCAACCGCCCCAUCACGGGACCUCACAUAGCUUAUACGGAAGCCAUCAGUGACACUCAGAUCAUGUUAAAAUGGACAUAUAUUACAUCAAGCAACAACAACACACCCAUCCAAGGAUUUUAUAUCUAUUAUCGGCCUACGGACAGUGACAAUGAUAGUGACUACAAGAGGGAUAUUGUAGAAGGUACAAAGCAAUGGCACUUGAUAAAUCACCUGCAGCCAGAAACAUCUUAUGACAUAAAAAUGCAGUGCUAUAAUGAAGGUGGUGAAAGCGAGUACAGCAACGUGAUGAUCUGUGAAACUAAAGUGAAACGCAUGCCAGGAGCAUCUGAAUAUCCAAUAAAAGACCUGAGCACACCACCAAAUUCCCCUGACCGGGUUGGGGGAAGCAGCGGUGGGCCUUCUAACGGCCCCGUUCGGAGCAGUGACAUGCUGUAUUUGAUCGUGGGCUGUGUCCUUGGAGUGAUGGUCCUUAUUCUGAUUGUUUUCAUUGCCAUGUGCCUGUGGAAAAACCGUCAACAAAACACCAUGCAGAAAUAUGACCCUCCUGGCUAUCUGUACCAAGGGGCAGAUAUCAACGGGCAAAGGAUUGAGUACACGACCUUACCUGGCACAAGUCGUGUCAACGGCAGCAUCCAUGGGAACUUUAUAAGCAACGGUGGCCUCAGCAAUGGAUGUCCGCACAUCCAUCAUAAAGUUGCUAACGGAGUUAAUGGGAUUGUGAACGGAGGAGCUGGACUUUACCCAGGGCACACCAACUCCCUGUCCAGGACACGCGUGGACUACAAACAUACCCACCACCUUGUGAAUGGCGGUGGGAUGUACACGGCAGUGCCGCAGGCUGACCCCUCCGAGUGCAUCAGCUGCCGAAACUGUCGGAACAAUAACAGGUGUUUCACCAAAACCAAUGGCACUUUCAGCAGCAACACGCUACCUGUCAUGCCCAUCGUAGCACCUUACCAGCAGGACAGUCUGGAGAUGAAACCUCUGAAUCAUGUCAUGGUGGCCAUGUGCUUAGCUUCCAGCAUCCCUGAGUGCAGCGCACAGCUGGAGGAGGACAGCAAAGAGAAGGCAGAGCAGCCCUCCGCCCAGCAUCCCUGCUGUCGAGAAAGCAUGAAUCAGCUCUCCAUGGAGUACACAGAUGGUGACAACUGUUUGCACUCAGAAACAUCGAACCACGUUUUGAGCUGGAGUCCCCUUAUUCUUCAGCCUGUUUCAAAGGACUGUAAGGAAAAGCCAGGAUGGAGCUCAUCCGGCGUUACGUUAAAUGGUUCUGGGGACCUCCGACAGCUCCAGCUUCAGGAAACCUGAGGAAGUGACCGCUUUCCCCACUUAACGCCAGUAACUGCACAGCAGAGUCGCUGAAAGGGACUAAUGGAGGGAUGUUAAUUAUAACAGAGAGAGUCACUAUUUAUUUUUUGUAGUAGUGUCAUAUGAAUGAAUGUAUCUUGUUUUUAAAUGGUUGCCUUUUUAUAUUAUUUAUGCAUUGAAAUCCCUUUUUUUCCCAUGCACCAUGAAACUAGCCUGGUUAUGUGUAUAAAAAAGAUUUGUAAUAAUAUAAAGAACAACAAUGGGAAGUGUGUAGUGUGUCUUCCAUAGAAUAUGACCAGCGAGAGAAGCACUUCCAAGGAGACAAAAAGUGUCUGAUACACGGAGUUAGCAGUGUGGAGCACACCUGAGCAGUUCUGAUGUUAGGACCACCUUCACAGGGGCUGCCACAUUCCUGGCAACUUAACAUCACAGUGCUUGAACAUGUAUUUCCAUGUCCUCUUUCAGCUUCUCUGGGAAGAACUCAUGGAACAAGGGUGAAUAAGGGACUGUGGGUAAGAAAAUGAAUAGCUGAAUAGUUACAAUAUGGCUUCAGAGGCAGAGCUCAGAGAUGUUCUGGCAACUGUUUGCACCUGUAGGUCUUUGCCACUAUUUCAGUGAUUCUUUCCUUUUCAGAAGUGUGUGCAAAAGCCCAGCCUGUUUGAAUGGUUGUACUAGCAGAUUGCUCUUUUCUUUUUACAAGUGCUUUGGUAAUCCAAGCAGUCAUCAGAACCUGGGCAGGAGGAGGGACUGUCAGGGUGCUUUGGAACACGCGUGGUCUGCCGGUCUCCCUCCCUGCUCUCCAGCAAGUGCUCGGGGCAGGCUGUGGCCAGCCUUUCUCCUGGCAGCAGCCUGGGUGUGGGCAUCUGCUCUCUUCUGCUCCAGGCGAUGUCUGUAGAGCUGGAUGGCAAGGUGGUUUGGUGAAGUGACCCAGCCUAAAGUACGUCUCACAAUCACCUUCACCCACUGUGUCCCACAGAUGCACCCACAGAGCAGGAGGGAUGGCGAUAAGCAGGAGGUGCUUAAGAGGGCUGCUGCCAAAAGUGAUCCAGCUGAACUGACCUUUACAGCUCAUUAGUAAAUAAUUACUGCUAAGUCAGGUGGCUUAAUUUCCAGUGGCUAUGGUGUGGAGCUGUUAAACUUGCAGCAGAACCUCCUCUGAGUUUCCCUGACCAUGUGCUCCUCCCACACUGUGUCACCCACUGCAGUGCGGCUCCUGAGCCUGGUGAGUCCUCCACGAGCUGUUAGAAAAUCAAACCCAGAACAUCAUGUUUGUGAUGCUUUAUUCCUGCUGCCCUGCUCACUUGCAGAAGACAAAAAUUCAGUUUGACUGCAUUUAAACUCCUUGGUUUGGAGUGGAAAAAAGGGGAUACUACUAAUUGCUUGACUAGCUGCCUUUGCCUCCUAGGUGAAAUGAGCCUUGUCAAAGUGCUCCAGCCUGGCCAUGCACGCGGCUCUGAGAAACCCGCCUGCCUUUUCAGAAACAGCACAUGCAGCAUGAUGUAGGUGUUGCAAUGUUAACUGCAGGGUUGUUUUUUUUUUCUUUCAAAUUUAAUCAAAGUAAAUAAAACAAACUUGUGCCUGUAAAGCACUCUCUCCAGAAAUCAGCACGCAUAACCCCGGCCAUGAGGCACAUAAAUUACAAUUACAGCUGCCCCAAGGCGACACAUGUGCAGCCUUCUUUUAAUGGAGCAAGUAUUUUUCUAGUGAGCGCCAGCAACAGCCCUGGAGCUGGGAAGGGAGGAAGCGAAGCCGGUCUGGCUGGAGCUGCAAACCCCUCGGGGAGCGCCUGCAAAGGCGCUACAGGUGCAGUGUGCCGUGCUCAGAAACUGUGCCCGGCCCAAAAAGUCUCCUUUCCCCACUGAACGCCAAGUGGUGCGUGUGCAUGCAGCAUGAAGAGAUAUAUAUAACGUGUUUAUACUUUAUAAAUAGAGCCCUUAAUAAGAAUUUACUAGGUCUGAGCUGGGUUACUAUGCAAGACUAUUCCAGUAGUUGAUGCUUUAUUUUUGCUUGUGUCCAGAGCCUGGUGCCAAUGCUGUACCGUGUACGUGACUCCACUCUGCUCGUCCAUGCGCGACCGUGGCUUUGAUUUUCAUGGUUGCAAGACUGAGUGCACGCCAGAGGGAGGCAAGAGCAUCUGAAUGAACACGGCUUGAGUGCAAUGUCCUGUCCUGAUUUCCUGGAAAUGUGCUGGUCUGCUUUUUUGAUGCUGAAGUGUAGGAUGCCGGUGUGAGUUUGGUGGGCAGGAUCGAUGUGAGAGCACAGAGAGGAGCCCAAGGCCACGGGCUGCAAGCCACCGCGAGUGUCAGAUUUGGGACUGGUUCUGUUCAAGGAUGAAACUGUUGUAAUCUGCCUUGUUAGCAGAAUCUCUUUGUGGACUGCUUUAUUUAUAUCGAGUUACACUGUUUUAAGUGUUUUUUUUCCUUUUAUUGUAUUUUAUUUAUGAAAAUAUAUAACUCUUACCUUUAUUGUAGGGGUUUGGUGUGUGCUCCCAGCUAGAGGUGCCUAAUUCUGAACCUUCCCGCCGGUCCCACCCAGGCACCGUGGGCCUGGGGCCACAAAAUCCUUAGGCUCGGACUGCUUUCUGCCCCAGCGGCGCCGCGCAGCCCCACUCCUCCCUCUGUUUAACGCCUCCUCUCCUAAACCUGCCCUUUUGCAUCACUCCUAGGAGCACAGCUUUGCCCUUGCUGUGUUUCCCAUCGCACACCCUGAUGCAAGGCUUUCCCAAUAUUUGCCUCCUUGGAGCUUUGGCAGACGAGUAGUUAGGAGCUUGGUUUGAACUCCAGGUUCAUUGUUUCCCCAAGCACUUGGGUUUAGCCACGUUUUUAAGCAACCCUCGUGUUCCUCAGCCCCUGUGCCUGCUCCUCAUCCUCGGGGUUUUAAACCAUGGGGCACUGUGUCCUCCAGGCAGUUACAAGCGAGAUCCUCACCUAAGGUUACACCUACAGCCAUCAUCUGAUUCCCUCCCUAGUGGUUUGUGCCCUAGUUGGCAAUUAUGUUACCUAAUAGAUAGGGGUCUGCAUAUUUAAAAGAAAAAAAAAAGGGG